AUGGGAUUAGAACUGGUUCAUCCGUAUCUGGAUUGCUGGGAACUUGGCUCGACGGGAACAGCAAGGAGUGACCGAGCACCAGAUGCUCGUAUGGCAGUGCAGGCAAGAGCAAAGUUCUUCUACCAGAAGGGCCGGCGGUUUGUGCGUGCGAAGGAGCUUGAGGCAAACGCUGCUGCCGCUGAUCCACUCCUGAAGGAGUGGGCUCGUCUCGAGGAUAACCCCGGAGAGGCAGGCACGGUGGGAGAGGCUCCGGUUGCAACACGCCGGAUUACUGGAAUGUGGACCGAUAUCCGUUUCUGA